CAGUUGGAAGAAUCCGAGGCCUUUAUCCUCUGGGCAGCUUUUCGGUUCGGGUAGCCUCUGGUUUCAGACACCUCAUCAUUUCCGCCUGCCAACCUGUCUGAUAUGUCGGGACCCGUGCCGAGCAGGGCCAGAGUUUACACGGAUGUGAACACACACAGACCCCGCGAGUACUGGGACUACGAGUCGCAUGUCGUUGAGUGGGGAAAUCAAGAUGACUACCAGCUGGUUCGAAAAUUAGGCCGUGGCAAAUACAGUGAAGUAUUUGAAGCCAUCAACAUUACAAAUAAUGAAAAAGUAGUUGUUAAAAUUCUCAAGCCUGUUAAAAAGAAGAAAAUCAAGCGUGAAAUCAAGAUCUUAGAGAACUUGCGAGGCGGUCCCAAUAUAAUCACUCUUGCAGAUAUAGUAAAAGAUCCUGUGUCUCGGACACCCGCUUUGGUUUUUGAACAUGUAAACAACACAGACUUUAAGCAAUUAUACCAGACAUUAACAGAUUACGAUAUCCGAUUCUACAUGUAUGAGAUUUUGAAGGCUCUAGAUUACUGCCAUAGCAUGGGAAUCAUGCACAGAGAUGUCAAACCUCACAACGUCAUGAUUGACCACGAGCACAGAAAGCUUAGACUAAUAGACUGGGGUUUGGCUGAGUUCUAUCACCCCGGCCAAGAGUACAAUGUCAGAGUGGCUUCCAGAUACUUCAAAGGACCUGAACUCCUUGUAGAUUAUCAGAUGUAUGAUUACAGUCUGGAUAUGUGGAGCUUGGGUUGCAUGUUGGCUAGUAUGAUAUUCCGAAAGGAGCCGUUUUUCCAUGGCCACGACAACUAUGAUCAGCUGGUGAGGAUAGCCAAGGUGCUGGGAACAGAAGAUCUCUACGAUUACAUUGACAAAUACAACAUUGAACUGGAUCCACGUUUCAAUGACAUCUUGGGCAGACACUCCCGUAAGCGAUGGGAGCGCUUUGUUCACAGCGAGAACCAACAUCUGGUGAGUCCAGAAGCUCUGGAUUUCCUAGACAAGCUGUUGCGAUACGAUCACCAGUCACGACUUACAGCGAGAGAAGCCAUGGAACACCCCUAUUUCUAUCCCAUCGUGAAAGACCAGGCUCGGAUGGGCUCGUCCAACAUGCCGGGGGGCAGCACUCCUGUCAGCAGUGCGAGUAUGAUGUCAGGUCAGUGGCAUCUUAAAGCGUUUACCCAGGAGGGGAUCUCCUCAGUGCCAACACCUUCACCCCUUGGACCUCUAGCAGGCUCGCCCGUCAUCUCUGCCACCACCACCCUGGGGAUGCCGGUUCCAGCGGCGGCAGGCGCUCAGCAGUAGUGACGGGCUCCGUCUCCUGCUGCCUGGGCUGGGUCAGGUGGGGAAGAGGUUGGUUUUUUCUCCCCCCUCCGCCUCUCCUCAGGACGCAGCUCGUGCCUGGCAGGGGAAGGGAGGGGACGACCGCUUUUGGAGGCACCGUGUCUGAACUGUUGCUUGUGGAUUUAUAGUAGUUCAGUCAUUAUAUACAAAAUUAUUAUAGGCUGA